AUGCGGCGCCUUCACGAUCCAAGCUACUUUCAGCGAGACGAGAUUAUCAUUCUUACCGAGACACUACUCACAGAGCCGUUUCCUCUUGAGGACAAAACUGUAUAUAAUUCUUUCGCAAAGAAAAGCCCGGGUGCCGGGAGACCCUCGGGUGGAAUCGCCGUGUACCUCAGGAAGGGAGGUCCACGAAUGAAAAUCGUACAUAGUGAUGAGAACACCCUAUUAUUGUGCUGUGAUAGCUUCAGUAUAGGUGCGUUCUACGUGCAACCAGAUUGCAGCAUUGAGCAAGUGUUAUCCAUCGUCGGGGAUGGACUAACAAAGCUAGAUCUGUCGAGGCCGGCUCUUAUCGGUGGCGACUUCAACUGCCGAAUCGACUCGGCCACGACGUCCAGUGAGGGCCACGCCUUGCGAGAGUUCAUGGAGCGUUUGGGUUUGCGUUGCCAAAACCAAGCUGACGCCAAAACAUACAUCUGCUUCAAUGGAAGUAGCACCAUCGACCUCAUAUUCACGAACGGCGCCUGCUCGGGCACUAGGGUUGAGGAUUUGGAGGUGCGCAAGCACCAACCGGUGAGAACCGAGGUCCUGCUGCGAGAGUUCUCUCCUGCUCCACAGCACCGGACUCUGAGCCGGAAAAUUCGCAGAGAAAAGCUUCGGACAGCGGAAUAUCCUCCAGCUCAUGCUCUCUCUGAAGAAACCGUUGACGGAAUCGAAGCAGCGAUCACGACAAAAGUCAUAAGAUGCUGCGACAGGCGAAAGAGGUGGGUGCGAACUGCCCCCCGGUGGUUCGACUCGCGUUGUUACCGCCUACGUCAGGAAGUUCUCGCUCUACUACGGAAGUGUAGAUCCGACCCCACAGCCUCGACGAGAUAUGCCCUCGCAAGAAGACACUAUCACCACGAGCUGAAAAUAGUGAAAAGGCGAUUCGACCUCGAAGAGGAGCGUAAACUCCUGUCAGAGACCAGUCGACACCCGCACCUUUACCUGAGGAGGGGAAGGGUUGAGACGGCGCCGCCGAUUGAACCAGAAGAAGUAAAAUCACACUUCAAGCAGCUACUGUGGAACGAGGAAGCGAGAAAUCGGCCUCCAGUACGAGUACAAUUACCACUCACGUACGAUCAGUUCAUUGCUGAUCGGCCCUUCACAAGAGAAGAGAUUGCUGGGGUUUUACGGACCCUUCCAUCCAAGGAGAGCUCCGGCCCCAGUGGCUGCUUCUACGAGCACUGGCAGCAAACCGAAAAAGUUAUUCACCGGAAUCUCAAACUCCUGUUCGAUAAGAUCUUUGACGAAGGCCGCUUACCGACGUCAUGGCACAACGCUCGCCUCUCGCUCCUUUUCAAAGGCGGAGCGCAUACAGGGAGGUCGGAUCCAAAUCUCUACCGAGGCAUAGCAUCGGAAGAAGCAUUGAAGAAGAUUUUCUGUAAACUCCUGAUCUCCAGACUGGAGCCGGUGCUUGACAGAGCCCUUCCCGACGAACAGUUCGGUUUCCGGCGGGGCAUGGGCACACUGGAUGCUAUCCACUUUUUCUCCUCCGAGGUGGAGCGGGUAGUGGAAACGCAGGGGACGAUGUACGCAGUCUUCAUUGACUGUGUGAAGGCCUUUGACAGAGCGCCAAGGGUGUUGAUGGUACAGAGUUUCGCUGAAGCGGGGGUUGGAGGCAAAGCUCUCAGAGUCAUCGACAGUUUCUUUGACGAGGAUCUGUUACAGAUUCAACUGCAGCAUGAAAAAGUUUCCGUACGCCAAAAUGACGGGACACCGCAGGGAAACCCAUUGAGUUGCCUUGCAUUUAUUCUGCUGAUUCGGGGCCUGGUGGAUUUCAUUCGGGCAGAAUCGAGGGCAUUCGUGUGCCUGUAUGCUGACGAUAUUGUUGUGGCUCACCCCGACUUGAAUGGGCUCCGAAAUAUCUUACCGAAGAUCUCGACCUGGCUGCGAAAACAGGGACUCGAGAUCAACAAGAACAAGACAAAGGUUGUCAAGUUCGGUCGCGCGCCGCGGUCGGCAAAAGAUGAUCGACUGCUCCUGGACGGCCGACCUCUAGAGCUUGUGAAAAACUUCCGAUACCUGGGCGUCCGAUUCAGUCGCUCCGUGGGCAAUUUCCAUGCUCACAUUGAAGAACGAACGAGUCUAGCAAUCUCCGCCUCCUUCACGGUCAUCGGGAAACUCAACCGCCUUUCCCUGCAUACCGCCAUCGCUCUUUUCAAAAUGAAGCUGAUGCCUAUCAUCAGCUACGGAUUGAAACGAGUCUGGAACCACCUCACCUCGACAGAUUUCAAGAAGCUGGAACAAUGUUUCACGCUAUACAUGAAACGAGCCUUGAGCCUCCACCGCUCAACGCGGAGCCGCUACGUCUACGCCCUGACGGGGAGCCCACUCAUGAUUAACGAAAUCAGAGAAAGAAUUCGGGAAGAACAGACGCCUCCCUUCAUUCAAGUGCUCCAGGAGUGGAGUAAGAAAGUUAACGAUGCUCUAAGCGAGCUGGAACAGGAAGAAAUCUUCAGAAAGCGGCAACUCUGGGCAGAAUCCGCUUCAGAUGAAAGACAUGUGUACACUAGAUAUCUAGUUCAUGGAUAUCAUCAUCUGCUCUGUACGGACAACAGCUUCCAUGACGCCGAUGGAGCUAAGUGUCUUUGUAGGUAUUGCGGAGACUCAUGCCCGAAAUACCAUGCUGCCAAAUGCCGGUCCGGAUUAACCUCCUUGUACUGUCUAAGUAAGAAGAAAACUAGCUGA